AAAAUGACUUUUUUCGGGUCUAGAAGCAAUGAGCGUUUGCUUUUUUCACUUUGUAGGAUUGUACUUCUACAUAGAAGCAUCAGGACGAAGCGUGGGAGAAACUGCUAGUCUUGAAUCACCAUACAUACAAAGCAAUGGGAACGCCACGUGCAUGGUUUUCUACUAUCAUCUCUAUGGACAUUCAAUUGGUAGCCUCAGAGUAAAGGUUGGAGAUCAGGUUUUGUGGCAGCUGUCAGGCAACCAAGGAAACAGUUGGUACAAAGCGACGGUGCCCCUUUAUUUUGAUGGCACGUAUAAGGUAACGUUUGAAGGUGUUGUUGGUAGUACUGCAUUCAGUGAUAUCGCUAUCGAUGACGUCGAGUUUCAGGAAAACACAAAGUGUACAACAACGGCUGAAACGUUAGUUCCACCCAGUAUCUUGUGGAUUUCUCCCAAUCACACAACCGAGCUUGGUAAUGACGUAACGUUGGUGUGCACAGUGAUUGGUCGGCCCACACCACGUGUUGUAUGGAAGAAAAAUGGACGGGUUCUUCAGGAUAGUCAAUCCACUGGUAACAUUACUCUAGUCAACAUCUCCCCUGCAGAUGGUGGAAGCUAUGAGUGUUUUGCGACUAACAUUGUGGCAAACGACACGAGAGCAACGCUGCUUAACGUUGUAGGAAUCCCGACGAAUACUGCCAUUAGAACCAAUGUGUCUAGCAAUGUUGCCGCUCUUGGUGAAGCUGUUGGGAUAUGGUGCUCUUCUGAUGGCUACCCCAAACCAGUUUGUCGAAUUUAUCAUGAGGGUUCCUUGGUCAACAUCAAUGAAAGUGUUUAUGUUAUUCGAAACUUCACAGCGGCAAAUCAAGGAGAAUACACUUGUAAUUGCUCCAAUGCUGCAUCUGCAGAGGAAGUGAAUGUUACCCUUUAUCUUUAUGAAUCCCCACAUAUCCAUUCCAUUCUUCCUGGUUAUCAGCUCGUCAAUGAAACAGACAGUUUUGACAUCUUCUGUGAUGCGACAGGAAAUCCACCUCCAAUCAUAGCGUGGACAAAAAUUGGCGACAACAACAAAGUCUAUUCCACAGGAAAAUCCCUGAGAGCACAAAAUGCUGAAAAAUCAGACUUUGGAACCUACCGAUGCACGGCUGUGAGCGUGCGUGGGGAGAAUGUUUCUGCUUCGGCCACAGUUGAGAUAGACAAUUUUUCACCAGUGUUUGACAACGUUCCCCAAAACGUUACCGUUUUGGAACAAGAAAGAAGAAAUGUCACAAUGUACUGUAACGCCACAGGCAGACCAACAGUAAAACUGUCAUGGAUAAGAGUGCGAGAUGGCAAAACAGUGGCUUCUGGGAAUAAUUUACUCAUCUUAGCUGCUGACCGGUCACACCGCGGGAAAUACAGAUGUGUCGCCGACAAUGGAGUUGGAAAUCCCGUAUCUAAGUCAGCAUUUCUUGAAGUACAUUAUAAACCUUCCUCUACAAAAUUAACCACCGAUAAAGUGAAUGCAGUAGUCAGUGGAAACGGUCGCAUUGCACUGUCUUGCGUGACCGAUGCCAACCCUCCGCCCAGUCAAUACCAGUUUUAUCGUGACGGCGUCUACCUCAGAACCAGUCUUACAGGAACAUACGUGAUUCAGAGAGCCAGAUACUAUGAUGCGGGGAGAUAUCUUUGUGUGCCAAUCAACUUCCUUGGGACUGGCAGCAACAGCUCUGUCAACGUUUACGUGAGUGGUGCUUUCUCUAUCAUUCACUUUCCACGGAACAUGACAGUCAACGAAAGUGCAAGUGUGUCUUUUUUCUGUAAUGGUACUUCUUAUCCUCCAUUUGAGCAUUUGGUGCCUCACAUCUCCUGGACUAAGCUUGGAGACAGCAGUAGAGUAUUUCCAUCAGGUCAAAAGCUUGUUCUACAGAAUGUGAGUCGACAUGAUACAGGAACGUACGUGUGUGAAGCUAAGAAUGGAGUUGGGCUGCCUGAUACUGCUACUGCUGUUCUGAACGUGUUACAUAAGCCAUAUGACACCAAACUAGAGGCAUCAAUACCGGAUAACGUCGGAGUGUUAAACUUGUCAAUUAUCCUGACUUGCAGCGCAAAUGCUAACCCACCUGUUACUGCGUAUAACAUUUACCACAAUGGUAUCCUAGUGUCUAAUGCAUCCACUGGUGCCCAUAACAUCACACGCGCACUAGCAGAGCAUAAUGGAUCAUACGUGUGUGUACCUUACAACGAUUUUGGGCCUGGAGAAAGAGCCGCCCUGAACGUCACAUUUGUAGGGCCAUGCGGUGUUAAACGUGUAUAUGUUUCAUGGUCGCCUAUGAUCGUAGCAGGAAUGUACGCUAAACCUGGGGAGUGGCCAUGGCAGGUACAGUUGGGAUACUUUGACAUCAGCGAGAGUGUCCCUCACAUCUGUGGUGCCUCCAUCUUGGAUCAUUACUGGAUUGUCACUGCAGCUCACUGUGUUAAAAGUCAAUUUAAAGAAAGAGUGGCAUCCAAUUUUAAUGUCACUGUAGGAGAACUUCACAGAGGAAUUACUGAAGGAAGCGAACAAAAUAUCCCAGUUGAAAAGAUCAUUUUGCACGAAAACUUUGAUAUUCAAAAUCUGCAAAACGACAUCGCCCUGAUGAAACUCAAACAACCGAUACUCUUUGAUGCGCAUGUCUCACCAAUCUGCCUUCCAGACUUCGAUUUUGCUGUUGGUACCACUUGUUACGUCACCGGAUGGGGACUGUCUGGACCUUCGAGUUCUUCAUCAGACAUACUCCAGGAGACUAUAGCUCCUUUAAUGAACCACACAGUUUGCAAAAAUCAUUACACCGGCAUAAACCCCGUGACGUCACAAAUGCGCUGUGCGGGGACCUUGGGUCAGAGUCAAGGUACAUGUAAAGGAGAUAGCGGGGGACCGCUGACCUGUGAACGAGAUGGCCGUUGGUAUUUAAUGGGUAUUACCAGUUGGACUAAUGAUGGCUGCAUGAACAACGGCGAUCCAGGAGUGUUUUCUGAUACUUUGUAUUUUAGAAGCUGGGUUGAGGAAGUCAUGAAAAACAAUACGAGAACGCGAGUGUAAAAUGCAGUAGACAUUGAAGUAUGUCUCUGAUGAAAACCCUUAACUUGCAUCAACAAUUUUUUUUUACAACUUUUUCAAUGAAAUUACUUGAGAUGAUAACGUUUUUAAGAGAUAUUACUUUUAUAAAACAAUUUUCAAAACACAUUUGUAGUCCUGUAGGUGUAUGCAAUUUGUAUCAAUGUAACUUGACCAGAAAAAAAGCAAAAAGAAAUAAUUGAUUUAUUAAAAAGAUGUCACUGAAAAGCGA